AUGGACACGACCGAGCCGCGGCGCGGGGCUUCAGAGGAACAGCUCGACGACUCUGAUCCCGGCUAUAGCCUCGCGUCUCUGGGGCCAGCGCAAGAGCUUCCCGAUGACCUACCCAAAUCACUAGACGACCGCCGCUCGGUACCGGUAUUCCAACAGGAGACGGAGAUGUAUGAUGCAUGGCAGGGGCAAUCCCAAUUCCUCACUACUCCCGUCGCUGCGAAACCGCUUACCUUCAGCCUAGCGCUUGAUGAUCACAUACACGAUUCGGAAACAGAUCUCCGCGCCCAAUAUGGACAUGAUCUCGAAGAUAACGAUGCGAGACUUAUGGAAAUGCUGGCCGCACAAGCCGCGCACCGCGAAGUUGAUUCCCUAGGCGCCAACGAGGAGAACAUAGCCGUGGAUGAGAAAUUAAGCACGGUGGAGAAGAAGGACAUUCUACAAAAGAACCUCAAUAUGGCAGCCAGUAAUGGAGACGUGGAGCGAGUUCAAAAGUUAUUAUCCGGUACCGCUAAGAGCUACGUGGAUGUGAAUAUGAAAGAUGAGGAAGGGACUGUGCCGCUCAUAUACGCCAGUUGCUUUGGGCACCAGGAUGUUGUCUCGGCGCUUCUUGAUGCGGGUGCUUUUGUCGACCAACAGGAUCGGAAUCAGUGGAGCGCUUUGAUGUGGGCGAUGACGAAUCGACAUAAGACUAUCGCGAAGAUUUUGUUGGACCACGGUGCUUCACCGGAUAUCAAGUCUUCUUCUGGAGGCACAGCGUUCGAUUUUGCGCAGCCUGGUAGUGAAAUCUCGGAGUUUUUACAUGAAAACGGCUACAAGUUUGGUCCCGGUGCCAUUGAGGAUGAUUUCUACGAUGCUGGACUUGCGCAUGGCCGGUUUGAGGAGGAGCUCGCAGAGAAUGAGAUGAAACGGCGGAUGAUGAUGGAAGAAAGCGCGAUCAAUUUGGAGGUGGAUUUAUCUAGUCUGGGACUGGAUGAGAAAUUCGAACCUUCCGAUGAAGAUGAUAUGGAAGAGGAGCAGCAAGAAUUCGUCUGGGACCGUUGUCUCAACGAUCAAAUGUUCGUCUUCCAGGAUCAUGAACUUGAGCGCAUUUUGGAUAUCAUUAUCACCAACAUGACCCCUCAACGUUCUCCGUCUCAAAAGCCCGUUCCUGCAAAUCUCCUCUUUCUCAGUGCGCGCUAUGCGCAUUAUCAUGCCAGCCCGGAGCUACUCGCGGAGCUUCUCACCUCGGCUACAGAGAAGAUCAACGAUGUGGUUGAACGUCAUCAGUGGGACAUGACGAUGCAAGCAUUUUGGCUCUCCAAUGCCACCCUUUUACUUCAUUACUUAAAGAAAGACGCAGGGUUGGUGGAGUCUACUGUGGAAUUUCAGCUCCAUUUGGCGGAGCUGAUCAACGAAAUUUUCGUCCUUAUCAUCCGUGAUGCCGAACGACGAAUGAACAAAGUCCUGGAUGAGGCCAUGCUGGAUCAUGAAACCAUCCCAGGGCUAGAAGAUGUUGCCUUCCAGAAUGAAUGGAAACUGUUCCGGAAGAAGAAGUCUGAGGCUCCAGAGCCUGCAGAGAAGCGAUUCCGUCCACCAUCCCCACGGCGACGCGCACAGGUGUCUCCACGGAACAUCACAUCAUUACUCUCGUCAACACUCUUUGUGCUUGACCUCUAUGAUGUUCACUCUGUGAUAACUACUCAAAUCCUCUCUCAACUGCUAUAUUGGCUCAGUGCUGAGAUAUUCAACCGAAUCAUGAGCACCAGACGUUACUUGGCACGGACCAAAGCCAUGCAAAUUCGCAUGAAUGUCUCAACAUUGGAGGAUUGGGCACGAACCAACAAUCGACAGCCCGAGCAUUAUGAAAAUGGAUCUAUGACUAGCACCGGAGAGUCGACCGUGGAUUCCGCUCGCCGACACCUAGCACCUGUCAUUCAACUCCUACAAUGGCUGCAAUGUUUCUCUUCCCUCGGUGACGAUCACGAAUCACUCGUCACCACCCUUCUUCAGCUACAACAGCUCUACCCAAUCCAGCUUCUCCACGCCGUGAAAUCAUACAGACCCGAAGUCGGCGAAAAAGGUCUCACCAAACAUGCCAUGAAAUUCCUUCUCGACAUGCAACGUGAUCCUGAGAUCCUCUUCCGCGAACAACUAAAACUUCAAGCCGAGAAAGAAAAGGCAGCUGCACCCCCAGCCUCUGAAAACACAGCACAAGAUCGUCCUAAAACACCCACAAAGGACAAGGACUCCUCAGAGAAAUCCUCUUCGCCAGAGAAACAGGCUCCCACAUCUCCUGAAUCAAAUGCACCGCCCCGCCCAACAAGCAUGAUUCUCGCCUCUACCCCUCGAGACGAUCGUCCACACGUCAACAGCGUCUUCCUAGACCCAACUCUUUUCCUCCCUUUUUCCCUUCCAACAAGCACAGAUAUGCUCAUUAGCUAUGGUGCCGGUCUCGGUGGGACGAAUCGCGAACGUGCACGAAAGUACAUACCGACCGUUCCACCUGAAGUUCUUACUCGAUUUGAUCGAGGCGAUUCAUGA